AUGGAGGUCCUAAAGGUACAACAAGUCAAGCUGACUCCAGACAAUGGCGCUAUUGCGACCGCUAGAAAGAUCGAGAAGGCCAAAGAGCCCACGGAAGCUCCGGCCGUAGCCGAGUUUCUGCUAGCACUUGCGCACUCCCAUCCAGAUGGAAGCGACUCUCCUUCUAGCAAUGCACGAAAAGCUAGCACUGCACCGAAGACUACUGUCAGUACACCACCAACUGCUACUGUCACUACCAACAUGACCAAGAAGCUAGGUGGCAAGAUUGUCAAUCGCCCUAACGGAGCACCUGUCCGUGCGCGUCCUCUCCCAGAAUAUCUCACAUUGACUCGGAUACCCCCGCUUCUGUUUGCUGAGAAGCUCCUCCGACACGAAAAUGUUCCUCUAGAGCACUACUUCCCCGAUCAAUUCGAUGUCGAGGUUGCGAACUACCAACCAUCAGAUCACGACAUUAUUUGUGGCCGCGGAAGAGGUAACUUUUCCCACAUUGGAAACCAGAAGCUCUUGGACAUUAUCCGCGAACGCCAAGAUGAUUACUUGAAGAGCAACAAGCGCGGCAAGGGCGCUCUUGGCAAGCAAAUCCUCCUCGAGAUCUUGAUGAACGGAGGACGCUUCAUCAAGCUUAAGGACAAGGACCAACAAGUUUGGCGGGUCCUAUCUCACAAGGACGUUAACACCAAGAUUAUGCACUGCAUCCGUGAUCAAAUCAACUUUCAACGCAAGCAGACUCUUGCUCCUGCUGCUGGAGAUGAAGAGACAAAAGGAACCAAGAAUACCUUGGAUGCCUCUAGCUUUCCUCCGGCCAAGAGAAUGAAGUCAGGAGCCAAGAAGCUCUCGUCCUACCUCAAGAUGAAGUACAACGAUGGAGAUGAUCAAGAAGGUGGGGACAAGUCCGUCCCAAUCACUCCCAAGGAAAAAGCCGACCGUGCACUUUCACAGGCGUCAUCCUUCGCCGCUGACCUCCAAGGCCUUCAAGCACCCCGAGUCGGGGCUGCAGAUCGAAGUCUCGCUGAAGCCAUGCUCGCAAGAAGCCAAGCCGAAAAGGCCGAGACCAAAAGCUCGGAACUUGCUGGGGCUCGAAUGGACGCGUCUCGUUUCGAAGAAGGUGAUGAUAUGGCCAGUCUAUUGGCCCACCAAAAGCAUGCCUUUUCCAUGGGAUCAGGAAUGCAGCCUGGUCUUCACAAUCUCAUUGCCAAGAAGGAAGCCGAGCUGGCUGCACUACGAGCCGCCAUGAUGGGCGAUAGUGGUAUGGGUGGUAUGAUGUCAUACUCAUCUCUAAUGCCUCAAUUGGGACCAAGUGCAUUGGACAGGCAUAACAUGAUUCUGGCUCGAGCUGAAUUGGCUGCUCAUGGAUUGCGAGAUCCUUUGGCAGAUCGCUUACGAUUGGCCAACAUGAUGAAUCAAGAUGCCAUGAUGGCCGAUCACUUGAGACAAGUUGCGAUGCAAAGGGGUGGCAUGGCAGGCCAUCCUUUGGCUUCAUUAUUCGGUGGUUUGUCCUCACAGUCACAACACUUGCCCGACGUGCAUUCCGGGGCUGGAAUCUCGUCGUCGGAAGGGGAUGCUGCUGCCUCUGCUACUUCGACUGGCCCAAAGGAAGCAACCACUUGCUCGACCAUAUAA